AUGAUAUGUAGGGCCACUCGUGAAAACCAGGCCGAGAGACAUGUCGCUGAGGGUAUUGCACUUGAGGUGUUUGUUGCUGGGGGAUUUCGAGCGGAGGAGCUUCCAGCGGAGAAAUUUGAGGAUGAAGGGCUUCCCCUUGGACCGAUUCCCCUUGAACUGAAUGCCUUUGAAACAGUGGCUGCUGAGCAAGUUGCUGCCGGAGAUUCUGCAUCAGGGCAAUUCGAUGAUAAUAAAGGGGUUGUCUUUGAACUGGUUGCUGCUGGGGAGGAUGCUGCUGGGGAGGAUGCUGCUGGGGAGGAUGCUGCUGGGGAGGACGCUGCUGUGUAG